AGUUCAGAGUAGAACCACUUUCCUUUUUUAAUGUCAGCGCCGGAGUCCUGAGAUGCCAAGCUUAGUCCAUUAGUUUCGUUAUUACGCUUUAUGACGCUUUUUAAUACCUGUGCGUAACUUUUCGAAGCGCCAUGUUUUGACCUUAAGUUUCGUUAUUAUGCUCGGUGAAGUAUUUGGACCGUGUUUGCGGUGAGAAAGCUCGACAAGCACAGACUUUGUGGACGGCGGGAAACCCGAGAGUGAAAGCACAAGAAUCUAAUCAACGCCCAGAAGACCUAUGGAACUGUCGGUGGCUCACCCAGCGAUCAAAGCCUUCAUGUGUGGCUGUCUCAGUGGAACCUGCUCCACGCUACUUUUCCAGCCUCUGGACCUGGUGAAGACACGUCUGCAAACUUUACAAAGCCCUGUGCAGCAGGGUUCUUGUUCUUUCAGUUCAGGCCGCGUAGGGAUGGUGACCAUGCUCCUGAAUGUGGUGCGAACAGAGAGGCUGCUGGGACUGUGGAAAGGAGUUUCACCGUCAUUCAUGAAGACCAUCCCGGGUGUGGGGCUCUACUUCAGUACCUACCACUCCUUGAAGCAACACUUCUUCCAGGAGAAGAGCCCGGGAGCGUUGGGGGCUGUGCUGCUGGGAGGCGGAGCCAGGGCGGUAGCGGGGGUCAUAAUGUUGCCUGUUACCGUCAUCAAGACCCGGUUUGAGUGCGGCAAGUACCGGUAUCGCAGCGUGGCCGAGGCUCUGUGCAGUGUGUGUCGGACCGAAGGUCCUGCGGCUCUGUACUCCGGCCUGACGGCCACUCUGGUCCGGGACGUUCCUUUCUCUGGAAUCUACGUGAUGUUCUACAGCCAGAUGAAGACCUAUUUGCCAAAGGAGAUCAGCACGUGGGCUCCGCUGGCCAACUUCAGCUGCGCGACGCUGGCGGGGGUGUUGGCCUCGCUCAUCACGCAGCCCGCCGAUGUGGUGAAAACCCUGGUCCAAGUCCACCCUGCGCUGAAGACGACGGACGCUGUCAGACACAUCUAUGUGGAACAUGGCCCAAGGGGCUUCUUAAGAGGGGCGGUGCCACGCUCUUUGAGGAGGACGCUGGUGGUAGCCAUGGCGUGGACAAUCUAUGAGCAAACCAUGGCUUACCUUGGCCUGAAGUCCUGAAGAGGGAAGCGGAGAAGAUAUGAGAAGAGAUCAGGUCAAGUCUGAGCCGCCGCACAGAGCUGCUCUGGCCAUUUAAAGGAUGCAGAAGUGUACUCUCGGAAUUGUGUUUUCACGCAGUAAUGUAUUUAAAUUCUGAGCUUCUGGAUGGUUGACAAGUGCCUAACUGAGAGUUGACUAACUGCACUGCAUUAUUUAACACUGCACAAUACGCCUUGAAACAAAUGUUGAACAAGGGUAUAUUAAAUAUUAUAUAUAUUUAAUACCAAUAUUAAAUUAUUUGAUCUUUUUUUAAGAAAAUCACAUGUUCAAUGUGUGCCUCUUACCCCGCUCCUGAACUCUGUCAAUAAUUGAACAGAAGUUCACAUUUCCAGUAGGAGCUGGAUCCUGACCUGUGAUAUGCUGCUCUGCACUUAUGUCAUAAGGCAUGCUGAAUUAUGGACCUAAGAUCACUAUGACACAAUCAGGACUAACUCUGCUGCCUAUAACCUUCUUUAAAGUUAUGUUUUACUUAGUCAUGAAAAGGAAGCUCAAAAAUCCUGAUAAAAGGGUCACUAUUAUAAAGGAUUGUAUUGCAACA